AUGACUUUGCCUCUUUGCAGCGUCUGUUCCAAGCUCAGUAUCGAGGAGCUCGUUUCUGAACAGGGUUUCGUCUUGCACAGCGAUCUUGUCAGACCUCAUGAGUCUUCAGCUAGCUGUCGACUAUGCAGUCAUGCCAUCGAACGUAUCACUUCAGGCAACAGCGCAUUGAGAUAUUGCGAAAGCAACGUCGAAUACCUCACUAGCCUACAGGCUCGCGUCUUCUACGGGCAUCAUGUCCACAGCAAACAUGGCUUGACUAUAGUAGUUUCACAUAUCGGCUCUCAAACCCCGUAUCAAGGCGAGGAGUUUCCCUGGCUCUUGUUGAGAACAUUGGAUGGAGAUCCGGCGGGGAGAUUGGGGGCUAAGACAGCACGACUGGUCCCCGAGAGCACUUCUAGUCCCGAGUCUACUGUUCAAGCACUGAAGUGGUUGAAGGAAUGCCUUCUCAGCAAAGACUGUUUCGAAGACUGUUCACAUGUUUCCGACCAUGAUCUCGAACAAGGUCUUACAGAGACAGAUGGUAAUCGCCGCAGUUCCAGCGUUCUGCCAGAGUCAAACCAGUUGCUUGAACAAAAAGACCAUCAACAGUUCCAACUGUGCAAGGACAUCCAUACUCUCUACCAGAAACGAAGUCGGUCAGCUGUCAGCGAUGAACGCGCAGCCAGACUAGUCGAGAUCAUCGACAUAGGAUCAACCGUCAACCUCAGAUUGAUAGAUGGUUCAAUCGAAUGCACGCCCUACGUUGCGCUGAGCUACAGAUGGGGUGGUCUGGAAGCAGUUUGGCAGACAACUACAAGCAACCUGGAGUCGCGCUUAUCAGGCUUCUCUAUUGAUGAGCUUCCAAUAACCCUAUCAGAUACAGUCAAACCGACUCGUGAUCUUGGUUUCAAAUGGAUAUGGAUUGACAGUGUCUGUAUCAUUCAAGACGAUAAAGAUGAUUGGGCGAGAGAAGCUGUCAAGAUGGCCGCCAUCUACCAAAACGCCAUUGUCACCAUUGCCGCGGAUUCCAGCCAGGAUGCCAAAGCAGGACUGCACAACAACAAGUCGACAUCCAUGUUUACUAUGGACGGCAGUAUUAAAAUCAGCAACAAGCUUUCUACUGGCGAAGAGAGUUCCAUUUACCUAUUUCCCGACCAAAAGACAAGACUCGACCAUUCAGUCACUAGUCUACGAGAUAUGGGUGAUCUUCUCAGUCACUGCUCGCUACGAGACCGAGGCUGGACCCUGCAAGAGCGUAUUCUCUCACCGCGAAUCAUCCAUUUUGCUUCUGACCAACUUUACUGGGAAUGUUAUCACGGGAUCCAGGAAAGCGAGGAUAACCUUCUUUGGAUGGGUCGCAACUUAACCAUUCCCAAGAUAGCGCACCGAGUAAAAUCGGCAAAGGAUGUUGAGACAAAGAAACAAGAAUUAAACAAGGUACUCUACUACUGGUAUGUCCAUUUGGUAGGAGGAGACUACUCGCAUCGCUCUUUGACGUACGGCGAAGAUAAACUCGUCGCUAUCGGUGGUGUUGCCAAAGCACUUGACGACAUCGAAUCGAUGGGCUAUAUAGUCGGUCACUGGGGAGAUGAUGAUGACGAGCUUGUUAAAAGUCUUUGUUGGAAGCGCGGCGGUCCUAGGCAAAAGGCUGCCAAGUAUCGCGCUCCUUCUUGGUCUUGGGCCAGCCAGGAUUCCAUCGUCGACUACGGAAGCUACAGCCUUGUCAGUAUAGACGACAAUGAGACUGUAACUGAACCCGUGACAUGGCAGGCUUCAGCUCCAGAUGGGACGUUUUUCGGGCGGUGUACCAAUGCUUACCUCCAGAUCAAAGCAAAGUUCGUCCGCGGAACAGUCUUCCCAAACUGCGGUCACGACUUUAGCGAAUACCAUCAAGCAGGGAUUGGCGGGGGCUACACUGUUGAUCCUCCAAAGGAGAGGUGUGCAUUCCUCAUGCUCGAAGGCGGAGAGACAUCUGAUCUUGUCUGGUUGGAUGAAAGUCAAGCUACUCAAGAUCCAGUGCAAGAGGGCAUCGAUGUCCAGGUUGUGAUGCUUUCAGAGGUUCGACCUAAAGGUGAAGAGCCGUAUCCAGGAGCUUGUCUAAUCUGCACUUUGGAUGAGAGAUAUUAUUUGACUAGGAUCGGAUUUACCGAGUAUGUACGGCCGUACAAAGAAGGGGAAGGCGCCCCGCCGGUUACUGGGCCAAAACUUUGCGACAAGGAGGUGAUUGAGCUGAUCAUUAUCUAA